UUUUAAUCAGAAAAGUGAUAAGGUAAAGGAAAAGGAGUUUCAGACUGAUCUUGAACAAUUAUUCGACAUUGUAAGUAAAAAUUCCCUAAAAGGGGUGGAUGAUAACAUUAGGAAGUUGUAUUUGGAUCAAAAAUUCUGUACACACAAAGAGAUUCUUUUCGAAUAUUGUACCUGCGUCAAACUCAACUACAGAUAUGAUGGAAAUAGAUGAAAGCAACUUGAAUCAACCGUCUACCAGUCAUGGGAUUGUUUUAAGUGGAAAAUCAGAAUCAUUCUCGACGCAUACAUUAAGUGGAACUACAAAUUCUGGAUCUGAUUUGGAGUAUGAACCCCCAAUUCCGACAAAACGAGCAAAAAUAAAUGUCUUAACUCCUGAAGUCGUUUCUGCACUUGACAGAGCUAAUGUCAGCAGUAGAAACGCGAUGUUCAUUAUUGCUCCGGUUUUAUCAGCUGUUGGUAUAAAAAUUGAAGAUACAACGCUCAGCUAUAGGUCCAUCCAACGAGCUCGUAUGGUUCAAAGAAAAGACAUUGCUCAAGGAUUAAAAGACAAUUUUAAAACACACGAUAAAUACGUAGUGCAUUGGGAUGGUAAAAUGCUGAAUGAUCUAAUUGAAUCCAAAUCUGUGGAACGACUACCGGUUCUUUUAACUGCGUAUGGUACUGAACAAUUACUUGGAGUUCCAAAAAUGAAUUCUGGGACGGCAGUUAAUCAAACAUCCGCCAUUUUAUCAACAUUGAGUGAAUGGGGUAUUAUUAAGUAUGUCAAGGCGAUGUGUUUUGACACUACGGCUGUUAAUACAGGAAUUCACAACGGUACAUGUAAGGAAAUUGAAAAGAUUUUGGGAAGAGAGUUGAUCUGGUUAUCAUGUCGUCAUCACAUUUUUGAGAUCGUAUUAAGGGGCGCAUUUGAAGUAUUUUGGCCUGUGUCAUUUGGGCCAAAUGUACAGAUGUUUGGAAGGUUUAAAAAAUUUUGGGAUGAUAUAGAUAUAACUAAUUAUAAAUCUGGUGUUGAAGAUGCUGUUGUUGCUGAUAUCAUUUCGAAUAAAAAAGAUGAAAUCUCUAGUUUUAUUACGAAAUCUUUACAGGUAUGAUUUAACUGUGAUUUAAAUUAUAAAAAUUUCCUUGGAGAAAUGCCUCAAGAAAAGAUUUCUUUCAAACGUCCUGGUGCUGUUCAUCAUGCUAGAUGGAUGGCUAAGGCCAUUUAUAGUUUGAAAAUGUAUCUAUUCAGAGAUGAAUUCAAACUCUCUCAGAAAGAAUUGCAUGGUCUUCGUCAUUUCUGUAUUUUUAUAGUCACAUUGUAUUUAAAAGCUUGGUUUUCAUCAACUUCUGCAACAACUGCUGCUUAUCAUGACUUGCAGUUUAUGAAAAAUUUAUUGGAGUACAAGCAUAUCAAUCCUUUGAUUUCUUCAGCUACGUGUGAAAAAAUGAUUUCGCACUUAUGGUAUUUGAGCGAUGAACUUGCCAUUUUAUCACUGUUUGACGAUGGCGUUCCAUUAGAAGUAAAAAAAAGUAUUGUUGAAGCUGUUAAUACUCGUGAAGGUACAGAUUCUAAAGCUAAAAGAUUUGUAAUUGCUAAAAAAGAUUUAAAUUCAUUGGCGCAGAGAACUCUGAGUGACUUUGUGUCUAAAAAGUCAUUAAAUCUUUUCAAAAUCUUCGAUCUACCGUAUGACUUUCUUGAUGUCGAUGUUGAAUUAUGGCCUACUAAUGAGAGUUAUCUCGAAAAUAAAGAAUACUUUCAACAACUAAAAGUUGUCAAUGAUUCAGCAGAGCGAGCUGUUGCAUUAGUCAGUGAAUAUAAUCAAUGCUUGACAAAAAAUGAAGAACAAUUCCAGUACUUAUUGCAAGUUGUCAAAGAACAUCAAAAAACAUUCCCAAAUUGUAAUAAAAGAAAUUAUUUAUAGUAAUAGCGUACUGUUAUGUUAAAAAUAUAGACAAUUAUAUUGCAAUUGAUAAUUCAAUAAAAAAUU